CUGAAUGUUGUUGCCUUUUGUCAUCUCCAAGGUGUUGUUCAUCGGGAUCUAAAGCCUGAGAACUUCUUGUUUACAUCAAAGGAUGAAAACUCAGAAUUGAAGGCCAUAGAUUUUGGUUUGUCAGAUUUUGUAAAACCAGAUGAAAGACUUAAUGACAUUGUUGGUAGUGCAUACUAUGUAGCACCAGAAGUUCUACAUAGAGCUUAUAGUACAGAAGCUGAUGUCUGGAGUAUAGGUGUGAUUGCAUAUAUUCUGCUUUGUGGAAGUCGUCCAUUUUGGGCUCGAACUGAGUCUGGGAUCUUUCGGGCUGUUUUAAAAGCUGGUCCAAGUUUUGAUGAAGUACCUUGGCCAUCUCUGACUCCCGAGGCAAGAGACUUUGUUAAGCGCUUGCUGAAUAAGGACCCUCGCAAAAGAUUGACUGCUGCCCAAGCCCUAUGUCAUCCAUGGAUUAAAGAUUAUGAGGAUGUAAAAGUGCCUUUGGAUAUACUAAUAUUCAAACUCAUGAAGGCUUAUAUGCGCUCAUCAUCUUUGAGGAAAGCAGCUUUAAGGGCUCUCUCUAAAACAUUGACUGUGGAUGAGCUAUUUUAUUUGAGGGAGCAAUAUGCAUUGCUGGAGCCAAACAAAAAUGGCACUAUAAGCUUAGAAAAUAUGAAAACGGCCUUGAUGAGAAAUACAACAGAUGCUAUGAAGGAGUCACGAAUCCCUGAUUUUAUAGCAUCACUUAAUGCACUUCAAUAUAGGCGGAUGGAUUUUGAGGAAUUCUGUGCAGCUGCCUUAAGUGUCCAUCAGCUGGAGGCUCUUGAUCGGUGGGAACAACAUGCUCGUUGUGCGUAUGAACUUUUUGAGAAAGAUGGAAACAGAGCUAUUAUCAUUGAAGAGCUAGCAUCGGAACUGGGGCUGGGCCCUUCUUUGCCUGUUCAUGCUGUUCUCCAUGACUGGAUUAGGCAUACAGAUGGAAAGCUAAGUUUUCUUGGGUUUGUCAAAUUGUUGCAUGGAGUGUCUAGCCGGACCUUCGCAAAACCUCAAUAGGUCUAAACCACUACAAGAACGAUAACAAGUACCUUUUUUUUCCCAUGCUGUUUUUGCCUAAUAAGUGAACAAGUAAAGAGAGUCCUCAGCAGGCAUUAUUAUAGAGGUAGUGGGAAUUUCGCCAUUGCAAUCAACACCUCAACCACAACUGCAACCACGUGAACUUGUGCAAACUUCACAGGAUGGAGCUUAGGUAUAUGUGUGUUCCACUGUAAAUCUGUAGUUAAAUGUGUUAAAAAUUGCAGGUGAGAUUAUUUCUCAACUGAUUACAAGAGACUUUGAUAUUCUGACAUACUUGGAAUAGCUCGACAUCACCUGAUUGCAUUUUAUCAUCUUUUCUAUAGUUUGUAACCAGAAAUACCCUGCCACGUCUAUUAAGUGUUUUUUCUUCUUUUUUUUUCUCCUUUUUUUUUGGGCAAUGUGGUCAGGUGAUAAUAUUAUAGGUAUUAGGUUUUCUUUUCAUGCGUGGAUUUUGGACAAUUAUUGGAUGCCUGAAAUUCAACUAAAUUAUUCACGAUUCU